CUUCCUUUUCGUCGCUUUAGGGAUGCACGAUGGGAAACGCCGUCAUUGUGACCAAUGAGGAUAUUGGGCGUGUGGAUAAGAAGAUGUUCGACCUGGGGAGGCAGCGGGGUGUGCCUGAGCUCGAACUCCUGGGGCACCACCACUACCUCUUCGCUAGAGCGGUGAAAGGAACCGCAAUGGUGAGGAAGCUCUCACACGGAACAAACACUCGUUCUGACGGGCAUGGUGUGCGGUCACCGUGCGGCGUUGUGUGUUCCACCCGUCAGGACUACUAUGCGGCGUUGGUCCGUCGGCUUGCUGAAGGCAAUGACGAUGCCUUCUUCAGCUACUUCAGGAGGCACGCCAGGCCUGCCAGCCAGGAAGGUCAGUCAGUUAGUCACUCCCUCGGGUCUGACACUCAAUUCGUGUGUGUGUGUGUAUGUCUUUUGUGUCCGUCAGAAUGGGAGAUCUUCUUGAGGAAGCUAGAGGACGAGCGGAAUCUCAUCAGUGAGUGAAAGCACUGCACUGACUGACGCGCAAGGCAAUGGGUGUAUGUUUGAAUGUCGUAGUUCGACGACAGCAGCAACACAAGGAGGAACACGCCGCUGCUCAGAAGCUCAUGCAGUCACGCCGAAGCGACCAACUUGAUGCGCCACCGCCAGGUGAAUUGACAAGCGAUAGACAGACAGACAAGUGCGCCUUGCUGGUUUGCCCGGCGCGAGCUGACCACUUCCCCUGCGUGUCUGUAUGGUUUCUUCUCUCUCAGGCCAGCAGGCGCAGUCUGCCAGGUGUGUGUACAUGGAGGAGCCCAUGCACAGCCGCGCCAUGCCUCCCUCACCUCCAUCGAAGCCCUAUAGGAGGAAGGGCGACAUGGCCGACGAGGGGUCUGAUAGAGUGCCACUCAUCGGCACUCGAUGAUCGACGACUGAGGGGCAGUUGGCAGCUAGCUGGUGUGUAUCUUUUUUUCUAUCCAUGGGGACACAAUCGAGUGACGGCUGUAGUUCUAGACAGAUAGACAUGCGUAGAUGGCGUCGUGGCGUGCGGCCGUGAGCGGAGACAACGUUGGUAUGUGAGCCGUGAUAGAGGUGGUGUGGAGCAGAGAGAUGGAUGGCUGUUGGCUGAGCAAGUGCAGCAGCUGCCAUGCACAAGAUGGAAGAGAUGCACAUGCAGUCAGGCAGUUCUGUU